CACACACACUCACAGUACUGACUACUGACCAAGCAUGGAGAGCCUGCAGCACACUUCCAGCUAACUUCUAUUAGAGCAAAGAAUUGAUCGGCUGGACCAGUAUGCUGGGCGGGGACCCUGUGGAGGAGUGACAGGCAGCAGUUCUCAGGCUGGACGUUACGGGACCCAGUGGGUCCCAUCACUGCCAUGGAGUUUGGGAGGUUUCUUUUCAAGUCCCAAAGAACUUUGCUGCUCGGCAUGAUAAUGUUCAAACUGGGUAUACUGUGCACAGCAGCAGACCAGUGUCUGUCAUCUCCAUGUCAGAAUGGAGGUACGUGUUUGGACUAUAUGGGUAACUACACGUGUCUCUGCCCCAGAUGGCCAGUCCACUACACGGGCAAGGACUGUAAGGAGCUGUACGAUCCCUGUGUCUACGAUGCCCCUUGCACCAACUGUACCAGCACACUGGGCACAGGAGUCUACACCUGCCACUGCCUUGUCGGCUUCGCAGGGACCAACUGCACACUCAACAUCAGCAGGUGUUUGGACAACCCAUGUAAAGGGGGUGUCAGGUCUCACUGUGUGGACAGGGUGGACGGCUACACCUGCCACUGUCCCCCUGGCUAUGGAGGAGAAGCGUGCCAGGAGAGGAUCAGGGACUGCUCUGAGGAGCCGUGCCAUAACGAUGCCACCUGUGUUGGCACACCGGAUGGGUACGUGUGCCAGUGUGGCCCGGGUCUCCAGGGGAGGGACUGUGAGGAGAACAUAGAUGACUGUAAGUCACUCCCCUGUCAGAACGGAGCCAUCUGUAAAGACGGCGUCAACGGAUACCAGUGCUUCUGUGUGCCUGGUUUCCAAGGCUACCACUGCGACCUGGACAUUAACGAGUGUGCGUCGCGGCCGUGUGAGAACAACGGGACCUGUGCCAAUGAGGUGGACCACUAUGAGUGCAACUGUCUUCUUGGAUUCAAAGGGGUGAACUGUGAAGUGGAGAUAGAUGACUGUGAGGAGCAGCCCUGCCAGAAUGGAGCCAGCUGCCAUGACCAUGUGGGUCUGUACACAUGUGAGUGUGUGUCCGGGUACGAGGGCCAUGAAUGUGAGCUGGACAUUGAUGAGUGUGCCAGCGGACCCUGUCUCAACGAGGGCAACUGCACAGACCUGGUGAACAGCUAUGAGUGUGACUGCACUGGAACAGGCUUUACAGGAGAGCAAUGUGAAGUGGACAUCCCAGAGUGUGCUUCUGACCCCUGCCAGAAUGGAGCGACCUGCGUAGAGGGAAUCAACCAAUAUGGCUGUUUCUGCUGGCCAGGUUAUGAAGGGAAGAACUGCCAGGUGGAUAUAGACGAGUGUGAGCUGGAGCCCUGUGAGAAUGGAGGAGAGUGUUUCCAGCGCUCAGAGUUGCUGUACUAUGGGGUGCUGUCUGGGCUGGAAGACAGGGAGUUCAACUAUGAGGAUGCAGCUGGGUUCCUCUGCCACUGUCAACCUGGGUUUGCUGGAGAGAGUUGUGAAGUGAAUGUGGACGAGUGUGAAUCCGCCCCAUGUCAGAACAAAGGGAGCUGUGAGGACCUGGUCAACUCAUAUUGGUGUGUCUGUCUACCGGGGUUCACAGGUGUGCACUGCGAGGUAGACAUUGACGAGUGUGAGAGCGAGCCUUGUCAGAAUGGAGGGUCCUGCCACGAUGGCUCCAACGCCUACACCUGUCACUGUGUGGAGGCGGAGCCAGGGGAGGAGCCAUGGGGCGGCCAUAACUGUGACGUCCGCCUGAUUGGCUGCAGGGAACACCUGUGUGAGAACGGAGCUCCCUGUGUGCCUAUCCUAAGCCAAGAAGAGGAUGGUAAUGAGGACAGUGAUGGGGAUGAGGAUGAACAAGAGCAUGGACACACCUGCCUUUGUCCCCCAGGCUUCACUGGGAAGCACUGCGGCAUCCCCACCACCUUCUCCUUCAACACAGAGGGCUAUAUCCUCAUUCAGCUCCCUCCUACAGCUAACAGGAGCAGGGCAGAAGUAGAACCCCAUCACCACCACGUCCAGCUGCGCUUCAGGACCACUCUGCCUAACAUGCUUCUGUUCUACGGAGGGGCUGAGCACUACUUUGUGUCCCUGGAGAUCGUGGGGAGUUACCUCAAGGCUAGAGCUGGAUCAGGGAAAAAGCUACAGGCCACCUACCAUCUCCCAGUCAACGACGGAGACUGGCAUGAGGCCAAAGUGACCAUGGAUGAGAAGCUGGUACUGAUGGUCAAAGGACCAGUCUGUGACAAUGACGAGGGAUGCACGGUGGAGAACGAAGGACACAACCAAUUGGUCUUCUUCCAACAUGGAUCAUUCCUAGAAGUCUAUGUGGGGGGAGCCCCCCAGAAGUAUCUGGCCAACACAGACAGUAGGAAGGGUUUCAUUGGCUGCGUGGAGGAUCUACAAGUUGACCACCAGCGUGUUCUGCCACAGGAUUUCUCUCGAGAGCACGUCCAAGACAUGGAGCUGGGCUGCAACAAGACUGACUGGUGUCAUCCUGACCCCUGCCAUCAUCGUGGGCAAUGUAUUGACCUGUGGACUAGCUUCAGCUGUGAGUGUCAUCGACCCUAUCAUGGCUCCCUGUGUGAAGAAGAACACCCCUCAUGGACAUUCAGUAAUGAAGAAACAGUGAGCUAUGCUGCCUUCAACAUCAACACAACUGAUGGUGAGAACUUCAACAUCUCCUUCUUCCUCCGCUCUCUGAAUCCCAGCGGCCUGCUACUCCAGCUGCGGAGAGGGAGGAGGGCCUACCUCAUCCUGUACCUGCGGGAGGGAACCCUGGUCUUCAACAGCCCCCCCACCACUCUGUUCUCUAACAAUAUCUACUUCACCAGCGGACAGAGGGAGCUGGUUACUAUAACAAUACGCCAGGGUCAGGUAGGGUUCAGCCAGGCUGGUACACAGCUCUCCCUGGGGAGGGUGAGGAUGGAACGGGGGGAUGUGGUGUACAUCGGGGGUCUGCCACCGGGGGAGUCCACUGCCCCCUGGGGAGGUCACUUCAAAGGCUGCCUGCAGGACAUCACUCUGGACCACAUGCAGCUGUAUCCCAACCACACAAAGGAGGAGUGCCACACCUAUGAAGCGUACCAGUGCUACUUCCCAAACAAAGCUGAGAAUGUGUUGGAUGGCUGUGUCAGUGAUGAGGCAUGCAAGGCUGGUCCCUGUCAGAAUGGAGGAACGUGCAUGGUCACCUGGAAUGACUUUGAGUGCACCUGUCCCAUGAACUUCUCUGGCAGGCGAUGUGAUACACGCGUGUGGUGUGUCAGUGACCCCUGUGCCAUGGGCAGCCAGUGUGUGGAUCUAGUUGACGGUUAUGAGUGUCUCACUAAUGCCACCUUUGAGAGAAACGCUCUGCAGUUCACUGCUAACGGCUCGCUAGUUGCCUCGGUGACUAGUGUCUCCGUGGACAUACGUACGCGGAAGGAGAACGGCGUGCUACUGCGGGCCACUAACGGAGCAGAGGUCUUCUGUCUGGGUCUGCUCAACUCCUACCUACUAGUCAAACUACUGAGUGGCAACAGCCUGGAGUUGCAGGCAUUCACCAGUGACCUGACCAUCUCAGAUGGGGCCUGGCACCAUCUCCACCUUGCCAUGGCCGAUCCCCUGCAACCUGUGUCCCGCUGGCGCCUCACUGUGGACGGGCGCAGGGUGGGCAGCACCAUGGGCACAGCCGGGAAUCUCAACUUCCUCAACGACACCACUGUGUGGAUGGCAGAGAACUACACAGGCUGUCUGGGGGAGUUGAGGGUGGGAGGAGUCUACCUACCCCUGGUGGACGACCAGGAUGCCCCCCAGGCAGCCCGGUUUAUCAGGCAGGGGGGCCAGGAGCCCAAGAUGGGGUGUGUUGGUGCCGAUGUGUGCCAGUCCCAGCCCUGCCUAAACCAGGGCUUCUGCCAGGACCUCUGGAACCUGUUAAACUGCAGCUGUGCCCCAGGCUGGGAAGGACAGUUCUGCCAGAGGAACACAGAUGAGUGUGCCUCAGGCCCCUGUGCCCAUGGCACCUGCACAGACCUGCUGGCAGACUACCGGUGUGAGUGUCACAAAGGCUGGGGGGGCAGAGACUGUGAUGAGGAGGUGGAUGACUGCCUGGAACACAGGUGUUUGAAUGGGGGCUCCUGUCUGGACGGGACGGGCAACUACCACUGUGUCUGCCUCCCUGGAUACAGCGGCCGCCGCUGUCAGCGGAGAUUCCCUCCACAGCAGUGUGAUGAGGAUACGCAGUGUGACAACGGUGGAGUCUGCAUGGAUGGGAUCUGGGGUGCCAACUGCACCUGCAAGCCUGGAUACACUGGGGACUGGUGUGAGGCAGAGAUAGAUGAGUGUGAGUCCAGUUCCUGUCUCAACGGUGCUACCUGCCUGGACCGACUCAACAGCUUCCAGUGUAUGUGUUUGCCGGGCUUCAGCGGCACACAGUGUGAAAGCAAUAGACAGGAGCAGAGGGAGCGUGUGCCCUGGCUAGUGGUGGCCAUCCCUCUGGCCAGCCUGUGUGUGCUGUUGGCUGUGGUGGCCCUGGUCUUCAUGGUGCUGACUGCCCGCAAGAAGCGGCAGUCAGAGGAGUCUGCCCAGGAGGUUCACCUACCUUCCUUUGCUGGUUUCAUACAUUAUCUGGUUCAGACACACAAACAGACAGGCGAGGACUGGUCCCUCAUUAAAGAGGUGUCCAAGGGUGAAAGGCGACCAGCGGUGUGGACAUGUGUGCUGCUGCUGGGUCAGUUCACUCAUCGUCUGCAGUGCCCAGGAGGUGUUCUAACUACGGCUUAG